UUUUUUUUUUUUUUAUUUUUUUAUUUUACAUUAUUUUUUAUUUUAUUUUAAUUUUUUUAAUAUUUUCAAUUCAUUCUACUAUAACUUAUAUAAUGAAUAAUAAAAACAAACAAUCACAUUCAACUGAUCUAUUAAAUAUUCCUGGAAAGAAUAAAACUUUAGCUAAACUAUUAUCAACUGAUUCAAAACAAAAUGAAGAUACACCCAUGAUACCACCACCAGAAUUACGAAAAACAUUCAAGAUAACUCCAAAUAAUGAUAUUUUAUCUCGAGUACAGUCUUUUUUACCUCAACUUCAAGCUGCCAAUCAACAAUUACAAUCUGCUGAUCUAGCCGAUCUUGAUAUUGAAAAUGUGAAAGAUGAUAGUGAACAAUAUAUUGAAAUGAAUCUUGGACUUGGUGUAUACGAAACGAAACCUCAAACGGAUACGAGUGAUGAAGAUGAAGAUGAUAUAGUGAUACCCCAUUUAAACAAUAACAACAACAACAACAACAAGAACAACAAUAAUAGUAGUAAUGAAAUUAGUAGUAGGAAUAGUAAAGGAAUCAAACCUAAAAUAGAACUCUUAGACAAUAACAAAUAAAAA